AUGCGUGUUCCACCGGACAAAACGCCCUACAACACAACGGGACCAUUCGGUCAUUUCUCGACAUAUUCAGUCGAAUCGCGUGAUCGUGUCCGAUGUAUAAACGGAGCAACAAAUGUGCCAAUGUCAACCCAAUGGGACCCAAAACCCUAUUAUUAUCCCAUUCAAAUUGCACAAUACGGACUGCAACAUUAUAGUAAAUGGCUGGAGAAUCAGCAAGGUUUGUGCGAUUUUUGAGCAGCACUUUUUCAGGGGAGCUACAUUACCCCAAAAAAAAUUCUAAAUUUUUUCUGCAGAAAAUCACCAAAUCAUCCUUGGCGAAAAAAGUAGCGAUUGGAAAGGUGCCGCUGGAAUGUCGGACACCACUGAACGAUUAUUUUAUACGGACGCGGAAAGCGGUUGGAAAAUUGUAAAUAUUAGUGCGGAAGGUUGGGCAUUUUUCGAUUUUUGAGCAAAAUUUUUGAAUUUUUCGCCGAAUUUUAACCUGGAAAUGUGGAAGUUGAGGAUUUACAGUAACCCGAACUGCAAAAAUACUCGGUUACUGUAGUUUAAAAAUUAUUCGAUUUUUCAUUGACAAUGAGAUUCUCCAAUAAAUUUUAAACUACAGUAACCCGAACUACAAAAAUACUCGGAGUAAAUCAGAAAUAUUUGCAGUUUGGAUUACUGUAGUUCAAAAAUAACUGGUUUUUUUCAAAUAAGUACAGUAACCCGAACUGCAAAAAUACUCAGAAAUAUUUGCAGUUUGGAUUACUGCACUUCAAAAAUAUCUAGUUGUUUUUUCAAAUAAAUACAGUAAUCCGAACUGCAAAAAUACUCGGAGUAAAUCAGAAAUAUUUGCAGUUUGGAUUACUGUAAUUUUAAAAUUACUAGUUUUUUCAAAUAAAUACAGUAACCCGAACUGCGAAAAUACUCAGAAAUAUUUGCAGUUUGGAUUACUGUAGUUUGAAAAUUACUAGUCUUUUUCAAAUAAGCACAGUAAUCCGAACUGCAAAAAUACUCGGUGUAAUAAAUUAGGAAUUUUUGUAGUUUGGAUUACUGUAGCUCAAAAAUUACUGGUUUUUUCAUUGAGAUUUUCAAAAAACCUUGAACUACAGUAAUCCGAACUGCAAAAAAGGUUGGAAAAUUGUGAAAAAGUUUGAAUUUUUGUGAAAAUUUAGCAAUUUUUUUGAAAAAUUUGCAGAAAAUCUCUCGAAUGCCGGUGCCUAUAUUUAUUUGGAUAAAAAUGAAAGUCUACCAAUUGUCGAAUUUGAAUGGCGGCCAAACGAUGAAAAUUCCUCGUUCACAAUUUUGGCGAAAGUGAGUUUUGCGGGUCCCGAAGCGAUCUACAGUAGUAUCCCAUAUUUGCAGCACAAACAAGAUGAUCUACUGAUUCUGUUGAAUUAUCAAUUUCACGAUGAUUCCGGCGGAGGAAAAUGUGUUUGGCCGGAUGAUGGUGACGUGGCAGAUUUGCAUCCACAAAAAGACGGACAAGUUUCGUUUUCGUUUUCGAUGGAUCCAGAAAUUGUGAGCAAAUGGGAUUUUGUGUCGAGAAAUGUGUUGGUUGAUGUGGCGAGAGCGUUGUCGAGCACACAAGGAAGGAAAAAGACGGAUAAUGUUGUGCUGAGAAAUGGUGAGAGCUUUGCGGUCGUUUUGAGACCCAAUAUGAUUGGGUUGGCCGCCAGAAAUUACAGUAACCCUGGGGUAUUUUUCGCGCCGAAAUUUGGAUCAUUUUGAGACCGAAUUUGGAAUAUUUCUAGUUUUUCAGCCAGAAAAUGAUAACAAAUCGGGAUUUUUCAAGCUUCUGGAGUGAUUUCUGAUGAAAAUUGACUUUGGAAUUCAGUUUUCAGAAGUUUUUGAUGAAUUUUGAGUUUUCGAAGCUUAUUUUCAUCAAAAAUCACACCAGAAGCUUCAAAAAUCCCGAUUUGUCAUCAUUUUUGGCUGAUACUAAUUUCGACCUACAAAAAUAUCGAUUUUGUUCCAGGCGACAUUCGUUUGGUCUCGCUGGGUUUUCGUGGAAAAGUUUCGUUGCGCCAAGAAGUCCGCCAAUCCGCGAAUCAACACAAGUUCGCAUUCGAGGCUGCUGCGAAUUGGUUGGUGAAGAAUCAGAAUGAGAAGGUACGGUAGGGUUUUUGGUGCGGUCAUUUUGAGUAUAAAUAUGGCUAGGUUACUGUAACCUAGUCUUUUUUGUCUCAAAAUACAGAAAAUUUCAAGACGCAUACCGUAACCCGAAUAUUUUUAAAGGGAGGCUGGUCGGUUCCGGUGGAAAGAUCAAUUGCGGAUCGGAAAUUGGUGUUGGCACCCGGUUGGCAUUCGGCAAUGGCACAAGGACACGCCAUCUCACUACUUUCUCGGGCCAAUUUUGUAUUCCCCGAAAAUUUGAAAUAUUUGGAAGCGGCCAAAAAAGCGCUACAGCUCUUUGAAGUGGUGAGUGGUUUUUGUUGCGAGAAAUCGAAUUAGAAAUGAAAAUUGUUAUCUAUGAACACAAAAAAUAAGCAGACACAAAAAAUAAGCAGUCCCAAAAAAUAAGCAGACACAAAAAAUAAGCAGUCCCAAAACACAUAAGCAGUCCCAAAAAAUAAGCAGUCCCAAAAAAUAAGCAGACACAAAAAAUAAGCAGUCCCAAAACACAUAAGCAGUCCCAAAAAAUAAGCAGUCCCAAAAAAUAAGCAGACACAAAAAAUAAGCAGUCCCAAAAAAUAAGCAGACACAAAAAAUAAGCAGUCCCAAAAAAAUAAGCAGACACAAAAAAUAAGCAGUCCCAAAAAAAUAAGCAGUCCCAAAAAAUAAGCAGUCCCAAAAAUAAGCAGACACAAACAUAAGCAGUCCCAAAAAAUAAGCAGACACAAAAAAUAGGCAGACACAAAAAAUAAGCAGACACAAAACAUAGGCAGACACAAACAUAAGCAGUCCCAAAAAUAAGCAGACACAAAAAAUAGGCAGACACAAAAAAUAAGCAGACACAAAACAUAGGCAGACACAAACAUAAGCAGUCCCAAAAAAUAAGCAGUCCCAAAAAAUAAGCAGACACAAAAAAUAAGCAGUCCCAAAAAAUAAGCAGUCCCAAAAAUAAGCAGACACAAACAUAAGCAGUCCCAAAAAAUAAGCAGACACAAAAAAUAAGCAGUCCCAAAAAAUAGGCAGACACAAAAAAUAAGCAGACACAAAACAUAGGCAGACACAAACAUAAGCAGUCCCAAAAAAUAAGCAGACACAAAAAAUAGGCAGACACAAAAAAUAAGCAGACACAAAACAUAGGCAGACACAAACAUAAGCAGUCCCAAAAAUAAGCAGUCCCAAAAAAUAAGCAGACACAAAAAAUAAGCAGUCCCAAAAAAUAAGCAGUCCCAAAAAUAAGCAGACACAAACAUAAGCAGUCCCAAAAUAAGCAGACACAAAAAAUAAGCAGUCCCAAAAAAUAGGCAGACACAAAAAAUAAGCAGUCCCAAAAAAUAAGCAGACACAAAAAAUAAGCAGACACAAAAAAUAAGCAGUCCCAAAAAAUAAGCAGUCCCAAAAAAUAAGCAGUCCCAAAAAAAUAAGCAGACACAAAAAAUAAGCAGUCCCAAAAAUAAGCAGACACAAAAAUAAGCAGUCCCAAAAAUAAGCAGACACAAACAUAAGCAGUCCCAAAAAUAAGCAGACACAAAAAAUAAGCAGUCCCAAAAAAUAGGCAGACACAAAAAAUAAGCAGACACAAAACAUAGGCAGACACAAACAUAAGCAGUCCCAAAAAAUAAGCAGUCCCAAAAAAUAAGCAGACACAAAAAAUAAGCAGUCCCAAAAAAUAAUGUGUCUGCUUAUUUUUUUGGGACUGCUUAUUUUUUGUGUCUGCUUAUUUUUGGGACUGCUUAUUUUUUGGGACUGCUUAUUUUUUGGGACUGCUUAUUUUUUGUGUCUGCUUAUUUUUGGGACUGCUUAUUUUUUGGGACUGCUUAUUUUUUGGGACUGCUUAUUUUUUGUGUCUGCUUAUUUUUGGGACUGCUUAUUUUUGUGUCUGCUUAUUUUUGGGACUGCUUAUUUUUUGUGUCUGCUUAUUUUUUUGGGACUGCUUAUUUUUUGGGACUGCUUAUUUUUUGGGACUGCUUAUUUUUUGUGUCUGCUUAUUUUUUGUGUCUGCUUAUUUUUUGGGACUGCUUAUUUUUUGGGACUGCUUAUGUUUGUGUCUGCCUAUGUUUUGUGUCUGCUUAUUUUUUGUGUCUGCCUAUUUUUUGGGACUGCUUAUUUUUUGUGUCUGCUUAUUUUUUGGGACUGCUUAUGUUUGUGUCUGCUUAUUUUUGGGACUGCUUAUUUUUUGGGACUGCUUAUUUUUUUGGGACUGCUUAUUUUUUGUGUCUGCUUAUUUUUUUGGGACUGCUUAUUUUUUGGGACUGCUUAUUUUUUGGGACUGCUUAUUUUUUGGGACUGCUUAUUUUUUGUGUCUGCUUAUUUUUGGGACUGCUUAUUUUUGUGUCUGCUUAUUUUUGGGACUGCUUAUUUUUUGUGUCUGCUUAUUUUUUGGGACUGCUUAUUUUUUGGGACUGCUUAUUUUUUGGGACUGCUUAUUUUUUGUGUCUGCUUAUUUUUUGUGUCUGCUUAUUUUUUGGGACUGCUUAACUUUUUGGGAUUGCUUAUUUUUUGGGACUGCUUAUUUUUUGCGACUGCUUAUUUUUUGCGACUGCUUAUUUUUGUGUCGGCUUAUAUUUGUGUCUGCUUAUUUUUUGGGACUGCUUAUUUUUUGGGACUGCUUAUUUUUGUGUCUGCUUAUUUUUUGGGACUGCUUAUUUUUUGUGUCUGCUUAUGUGGUUUGGGACUGCUUAUUUUUGUGUCUGCUUAUGUGGUUUGGGACUGCUUAUUUUUUGGGACUGCUUAUUUGUUGGGACUGCGUAUUUUUUGUGUCUGCUUAUUUUUUGUGUCUUCUUAUUUUUUUGGGACUGCGAACGGGGAACCCUGACAAAGAGUAUCAAAUAUGUAGGUGUUAAUCAAGAUUUUUCAAAAAAUGCAAUAAAAUGAGAGAAGAAUUUUUUAGUUCAAAAUUUGAGCUACCAAAAAUGCAUCAGUCAACAAUCCCAUUUUUUUCAGCCUUCAAGCUCCGGCGGAAUCCGCGCCGAAUUCCACGGCAAAAUCGCAUGGUUCGAAGAAUAUCCCACCCAACCCGGUUCAUUUGUCCUCAACGGUUUUCUCUAUUCUCUCAUCGGACUUUUCGAUCUCUCAACUCUCGACUCAAAAAGUCUAGAAUUGUACAAAUCAGGAAUCUCAUCACUUCGUCAACUCUUGCCAUUUUACGACACCGGAACCGGUACAAUUUAUGAUCUACGCCACGUGUUUUUGAUGAAUGUCGCGCCGAAUUUAGCGAGAUGGGAUUAUCAUGCGGUGCACGUGUAUUUGUUGAAAUGGAUUGCUCAGAUUGAGAAAUCACGCGGGGAAUUUGAGAAUUUUGAAUUAUUUAACAAAACUGCUGAAAGAUGGAUUGGAUAUGCGAAUGGAAAAAGAGCUAAACAUAAUUGA